AUGCCAUUAUUAACAUCAAAAACUGCUUAUUAUAUUCAGCAUGAAAAUAAAUGUUAUGAUUUUGGUACAAUUGGAUGGUUUUUUGAUCAUUAUACUAUUGGAAAUCCUUGGAAAAAUAAUUCUUUAGUUGAUAAAACUAAUAGAAAAAUAAAUUUAAAUAAAUAUAAAUAUUUUAUAUUUAUGAAUUCAUCAAUUCGUGGUCCUUUUUUUCCACCUUAUUUUAUUGAAUUAGUAUCUAAAUCAAAUAUAAAUUAUUAUUGGUAUUCAAUAUUUACAAAUCGUAUUAAUAAUUAUGUUAAAUUAGUUGGAUGUACAAUAAGUUGUGAAACAGUUCCACAUGUUCAAAGUUAUUUAUUAGUUACUGAUUUAAUUGGUUUAUCAAUAUUAUUAAAACCAGGUAAUUGGGGUGGAGCGUAUCCGGAAGGAAUAUUUACUUGUUAUCCAACGAAAGAUCAUGUUUCAUUAUAUAGUGAAUUACCAUCAUCAAAUCGAAUACUUGAAUCAGGUUAUAUGAUUGAUUCUCUUUUAACUAAAUAUCAACAUAUUAAUUUUUCUGAACCACAUAAUAAAUUUUGUAAUUCAAACAAAAAUCCAUUCAUAAACAACGCUUUUCAAGGUACAUCAUUAGAACCAUAUGAAGUUGUUUUUGUUAAAUAUAAUGACUUUGAAUGGACUAAAGAUUCAAGAGGACGAGCACAAUUAUAUGAAAAAUGGAAUAAUGAUAUUAAAUUAGUUAAUAGAUCAUCAUGGUAA